AUGCAGCAGCAGCACCUGUCCGUUGGGAAUUUGACGCGCGAGGCGACGGCAUUGGCAGCAAGCCCAGUGGGCCGCCUAGCCCGCAUCGAGCUCCUGGUGACCAUCAGCUGCGCCUUGCUCACGGUGCUUGUCCUCCUGGGCUCCGGCCGCCGCGCCACCCAAAGCUCCGCCCUGCGCUUCGCCGUCUGGGCCGCCCUGAUGCUGAGCUACCCGGCCGUGUCCUACACGAUCGGGCUGAUGCAGUCGGCCUCCUUCCGCAACGAGCUCGUCGUCACCUGGGGCUGCUUCCUGCUCCUCCUCCUCGGCACCGCCGACGGCAUCGCCGCCUACAGCCUCAACGACUCUGACCAGCAAGCCCGGACCAUCCUCAACCAGGCGCUGCAGGUCAUCUACGUCUUCCUCCUCCUGCUCUCCUACCUCGGCUCCCUCCCGCUCCACCUCAAGGCCUUCCUCUCGCUGCUCCUCUUGCUGAGCGUCGCCAAGCUCGGGAUGCGCGUGACCUGCUUCCUCCGCGACGGCCGGGACCGCGUGCUCACCGUGGACAACAAGCUCGUCUCCGACUACAUGGCGCGCGAGCACGGGUACAGCGGCGCCGACUACGACGCCGGGAGCAUGAAGGGGUACAAGUACGUGGUGGCCGGCGAGGCCGCGGAGCUCCACGACGGGGAGAGGGACUACUGGGCGAUCGACCCGGAGACCAACCCUGACCUUGUCACCGUGGACAGGGUGUGGGAGUGCCAGGGGAGGCUGCUGAGAUCUGGACCCGAUGCGGAUCAGGACGACGACGACGACGCGGCCAUGGCAGCGCUCGAGCUCAAGGACCUGUGCCUCUCCUUCGCGCUGUUCAAGCUGCUCCGGCGCCGGCUGGGAAGGUACCCGCUGCACGAGUCGGGCCUCAACAAGACACGGGACCUGGUCAAGGUGGGCCUCCUCGCCGGCGAAGACCACGAGAGGAUGUACCGUGUCGUGGAGGUGGAGCUGGGCUUCCUCUUCGAUUUCUACUACGCCAGGUACAGAUCCCCCAAGGAGACGCUCAUGCCGGACACUGCUCUGUUCGCCGCAGUCGUCGCCACCAGCCUCUGCACGCUGUUCGCGACGGCGCCCGACUACUACCGCCGGUCUCCGGCUCCUCCUCAAGGCUACCCCAACAACAUUAUUGUCACCACCAUGUUCGACAUCUGGCUGACUCGUGUGAUCAUACUUCUGUUCCUGGUCCUAGAGUCGUUCCAGUACUUGGCGCUCGUCUUCUCCGACUGGCACAAGGUGAAGACGCUGUGCCGUUACGUGCUGAACGAGGCGUGGCACAACAGCCCCUUGCUGGAACGAACUCUGAGGCUCAUCUGCAGAGUCAAGCUGACAAGGUACUGGAACGGCUCCCUGGGGCAGCACUCGCUCCUGCACGCCUGCCUAGUGCGCCACGACAAGCCGCCGCGGGUCCUGCGUUUCCUGACCAGCGGCAGGAGGACGGCUACUGCGGAUCGGCGGAAGCUGCCGGGGUCGGUGAAGCGCGCCAUCUACGGGUUCCUGAGGACCGGGCUGACCCGGAUCCAGAACGGGGAGCACACGCUGGAGAAGAACGGCAUGCUGGACAACUUCUACUGGGCCAUCGCGCAGGAGAGCGCCGUGCAGACCAUGAUGAUCUGGCACGUCGCCACCGCCAUCUGCGACUCCAGGAUGCGGCUCAGCUGCCGCGCCGACGCCGCCACCAAGGAGAACCACGAGGUGGCCACCACGCUGUCGGCCUACUGCGCCUACCUCAUGGCGUCGGCGCCGGAGCUGCUCCCGGACCACAGCUACGACACGCAGCUGCUCUUCCAGGGCGUGCGUCGCAAGGCCAAGAAGCUCCUCCGAGGGUGCCGGCUCAAGGAGGACAUGCACGGCAAGCUGCCGGACUCCGAGUGCAACGACGGCUACGAGGGUGUCCUGGCUGACGGCAAGAAGCUCAGCGAUGAGAUCGUGCACAAGAUGCCGGACACGGCGAUGCGGUGGAGAGUCCUGGCCGAGCUGUGGGUGGAGAUGCUGCUGUCUGUCGCGCCUUCCGAUAACGCCACCGGGCACAUACAGAAGCUGGCCACCGGCGGCGAGCUCAUCACGCACUUGUGGGCGUUGUUGACGCACGCCGGAAUCCUCGAAAAGCCUAUCAGCCGCUACCAGCGGAAGGGGCCGUGA